AUGCACAUCCAUGUGCCCCCCGAUACUGCAUCCCUCGGCCUUACCCUCCAAUAUUCACCAAUUGCUUUAGCCGCCAACAUCUGGCACGUACUAGACGUUGCGACCAGGUCCCCCGCCGACCAGGGCGGCCUCCUCCCGUACAGCGACUACAUACUGGGCAGCCCUGAAGGACCGUUACAUGGCGAGAGCGCCUUGGGCGAGCUUGUGGAGGAUCAUAUUGGCCGGCCGCUGCGACUUUUCGUGUACAAUAACGAGUAUAACGUUACGAGAGAGGUCACAAUACAUCCUAGUCGAGGCUGGGGCGGCGAGGGUGCCCUAGGUUGUGUGCUGGGCUACGGCGCGUUGCACCGUCUGCCUGCGCCGUUGAGCGAGCCUGUGAGUGCGCCGGGGGAGACCAUGUUUGACGGAGCCGUCAAUGAGAAGAGCGGCGAGACUGGGUUCGUUUCUGCAGGCGCAGGCUCUGUGCCACCACUUGCUGCCGCAGCUUCAACUGGUGGUGAAUAUCUGGUGCCCGCCCAAAUGGUUGCGUCUGAUCCCAUGAGUGCACCACCGCGUUCGGCGGCCAAGAAAAAGGACAGGCAUCAUCCCGCCAACAACAACUUCAUGGAUGAUUACUUCAAGGAGCAAGAAAAGAAGAGCCGAGAGUUGGACAAUGCUCCUUCUGGCAAAGGGUCACCGGCACCACCGCCACCCAAGGCGGGUGGUCCUCCAAAAGCUGCAACUCCUGUACAAGAAGCAGCCGAAUAG